AUGGCUCCAUUGCUGUUGCAGCUCAACGGCGAGAGAGCCGUGGUUUUACUUUAUAUUUGCCAAAUCCUCUUCUCCACCCCUCUCUCUCUCCUUUCCCAAGCUCUUUCUCUCUCUCUACUCUCGCUCUUCGCCCUCUCCGUCGAGAUCUCUGCCGAUGACCCUUCCAAUCCCCUUUCGCAGUUCUUCAAAACCAGGCCUGGAGUUACAUCAGGGAUUAUGCUGGGGGCAGUAACACUGCCGGGGCUGAUGAUUUCAAGAUUAAUACAAGUUUCAAGGUUGGUGUCAUUACAUGAAGCUGGAGUUGAAGAGCUAGAAUAUCUGAAUUUGCAAUAUUGGGCAGCAUCAGCCAUUUGCUUUGCCGUGUUACUUUUUGUCUGCUUCAUUCUUCGACUUCAUAACAACAAUGCUAGCUCUAUCCGUGCUCUCUUUAAUCGGGACACAAAAUUUGGUGUAGCGUGCAUGGCCUUGUUCAUAGGAAUCUGCUGUAUGUCAUUUUUCGGGAAAUCAUAUGGUGGGCUGUCUGCUACUUUGAUGUUCUUAUGGGUGCUCUGUCAUGGAUUAGUAGCUAUUUACUUAAUUCAGAACAUUCUUCGUACUUUUCCAGCAUGUGUUUCUGUUGGGGAAGGGCUUCUGGUCACUGCUGGCUUUGUGAUCUACUUUGGGGACAUGUUGUUCUACACUACUUCAAAGAUCCCUGGAUAUUGGGCAUCAUCCAAGUUAGUUGUUCUGGAAAACGGCAUCAAGAGGGAUGAGAUACGCAUAAUUAUUCAGGGCAUGACUCUUGGCCUACUUCUUUUUCCUGUUUUGUACAGAUAUGUUAUCAAAAUUUGGCAAUGCUCUGCUAGCUCAUCUAGCUCUCGAGACAUGUUGAACCAUGAGAUCAGAAGAUCCUUUGUUUUCUGUGCUUUACUUGCAUUUAUGUUGGCUGUGGCUGUUCCAUCAUGGAUGCAAUUUGUCCAUGAUUUUCACAUGCACCCUCUCUUGUGGGUAUUUAAUUUUGUUUUCUCUGAACCACUCAAGAGACUGUCCCUAUGUGUCUAUUGGGUAGCUGUUAUAUAUGUGUCAGUAAUACGGUUCUACAACAUUUCGAAGAAUAGUACGAUUGAGAGAAUUCUUCUUCGCAAAUACUACCAUCUGAUGGCUGUUUCAAUUUUUGUUCCUGCACUUAUUUUCCAGCCAAAAUUUCUUGAUCUGGCUUUUGGUGCAGCUUUGGCAGUCUUUCUCAUGUUGGAAAUUAUACGAGUAUGGAGAAUUUGGCCUUUAGGAAACCUUGUUCACCAUUUCAUGAAUGCUUUUACUGACCAUCGUGAUUCUGAUUUGCUUAUUGUCAGCCAUUUUUCACUCUUACUGGGAUGUGCACUUCCUAUCUGGCUAUCUGCUGGUGUUACUGAUCGUCCACUUGCACCCUUUGCUGGAAUUCUAAGCCUUGGUAUUGGUGAUACAAUGGCAUCAAUGGUCGGCCACAAAUAUGGAAUUAUCCGCUUGAGCAAAACAGGCAAGAAGACAAUUGAAGGAACUGCUGCUGGCAUAACUUCUGUUUUGGCUGCAUGCUCCGUUCUACUUCCACUUCUAGCCUCAACUGGUUACAUCUUCACUAUGCACUGGUUCUCACUUAUAUUGGCAGUGACUACUAGUGGUCUGUUGGAGGCCUACACAGCACAACUGGACAAUGCCUUUAUACCUCUCGUUUUCUACAGCCUUCUCUGUUUGUAA